AAUAUUUCCAAGAUGUCAGGUGGUUUCGCGCUAUUUUUGACAUACCUAACUAAACAUUGUUAAAAAAGAACAUUUCAUGUUAAAAAUAAAUAAAAACUAAAAUAUCCUUUUAAUAAAUGGUUUCAUGUGAUAAUGGCAAGAACUAAAGCUUCUGUCGGUGCAAAAGUUGCUGUGGGUAAGAGUUCGAAGGCACGAUGCAAUGUGGCACCACCACCGAGUACACCCAGCACUUCAGGUACCAGUGACCGUGCCUCUCGUAGUAGCUCCGGAGGCAACCCAGUCUGUCCAAGGGAAACUCCAAAGUGGCAGAAACCCAUCACCAGAUUCUUUGCCUCCAAGGACUCUGAUCAUGGCUCUACAGACGAAGAAGAUAUAGUGAGAAAAAAACCAAAAAACAACACCAUAGAAUCGGACGAUGAAGAGAAUGAAACACCAACAAACCAAGUCUUGGACGAAACAUUAGAAUUAGAACCAUUGACGGGUGAGAACAGUCACAAAAUCGAUGAAUAUUACACAAACAACAAUGAUGUGAAUGGGGAUGGACACGAAAAAAAAACGUUGGAAGAAUCCACCAAGUCUCUCAAAGGUAAAGGCAAAGGCAAAAAGACGAAAGGCAAAGAAAACCUAGAUUAUAAUUCAGAUAGGAAAAGGUAUAGAGACGAAAAAGAGGCCAAUGAAGAAAACGCAGCCAAAAAGAUUAAGGUUGAUUAAGAAACAAAAUGAAAGAUGAUGGAGAUAUGUUACACAUCAGUCUUUAGUCUUGAAUUAGUUUAGGAAAUAAUCAUCAAAUAGAAUGCUGUUUUGUUUAUAACACAGGUGUUGUAUGUUAUUUAAUUCCAAGCAAACACAUAGCUUUCAAUUGUAUAAGAUUGUGCUUUGUGACUAAAUACUUGUUAACACAUUGAACGCCAAAUUAGAAAACAUGUUAAACCCAGUGGGAUGCGGCAGACACCCUGUAGCUGCCAAUAAUUUAGGUUUAGGGGCCUGUGAUGUUUUUUGAGUUAUUUCUUAGCAAUAUUUGAUUAAAAAAACUAUUUUUGAACGAUUCUUGAUAUAUAAUCUGCCCUUUUAGAAAGUAUCCCAUGGAUAAAGUAUUGAUCAUGGUGUUCAAUAUGUUAAGAUAGAUCUGAUGAGAAGGACCUCUACUCAUUGGUUGCCAAGGAAGGAGUGUGGUGCUUUCCACCAACGCUUUUUUUUUGUAUGGAAGACUAGCUGAUGACUUUGAGUCUCUUACCAGCUUCAUCGGGAAAAGUGAGUGAACUCAGAGACUCAAUCAGUAAAGAGGGAUGUCGUUGUAAGCCCAUAAGUCUAAGAAAUAUCCAAAAAAAUUAUGAAAACCGUAGUAUUGUUAAAACCAGUUGUGUUUUCAUACUUUUUGUUACAUAGUAUUUAAGUAUAAUAAUAUAGUUUAAGAAACAAAUGUGGACCAAAAAUAAAUGUUAAAGAACU